UAUAGCCUUUAUUAUUAAUAUUCUUGAAUUUGUGCCACAAGUAAAAAAAUUAUCAAGAUGUUAGAGGGAAAAGCAGUGGUGCGAGAGACGGAUAUGGCGGAGGAGAUGCAGAGGCAAGCCAUGGAACUGGCUUACCAAGCUCUAGAUUUGCAUGAGGUCUCUGAUUGCAAAUCCAUCGCUCAUUACAUUAAACAGAAAUUUGAUGAAACUCAAGGAUCAGCAUGGCAUUGUGUGGUUGGAAAAGAAUUUGGAUCGUGCAUCACCCAUUUAUGUGGAAGUUUCAUAUUUUUCCGGGUGGAAAUGUUGGAGUUUCUCAUCUUCAAAGAUGGUACGGACUUCACCCAAACCAAGGAUGAAGCUGUUGGAGUGGUGCAGAUCAGUCCCAUGAAAUUAAAAUAUUCAUAUUUUGACCAAGUUUAUGAUGAAUCAUUCUCACACGAAUGAACUCCCUCAUUUAAUAAUAUUAUAGUUUAACCGAUAAACUAUAGUUUAAAUAAUAUAAGUGUUCGGUUGUAAAGUUAGGUCGUGGGUUUAAUUUCUCCUAUAAAUACUCCUCCUUUCUGAUUAUCAGAAGAAGAAAAAUAUAGUUUAUAGUACAUGAAAUUAUAAUAAAUCAUAUUCUAAUAUGAAUAGUAAACAACAUAAUGUAUAAUAUACAUGCAUUUGUUUUUAA